CAUGUGUGACUCAUAAGCUGAAGCACAGACACCACUUCCCCAAUCUACCGGAGCCAUUUUAACAGCAUAAAACUUGCCGGAUUGCUUUUUAUUUUCAAGCCCAAAAGGUGAAAUCUAAAGAGAAAGAAUGUUUGAAGGUCAAAAAGCUUAAGAGAAGAAAAAGUUUAGAAAAAAUUGGCACUGUUUGCUUAGGAUAUCUGUGAACCAAGAAAAUCUGAAGAACCUUCUUUAAAGAACACCUUGGGUAUAUAGUAAUUUCACGGACUUGGCUGAGAGGUUUUACCCAAAUUUGUCAGUGGACUCUGCUACCUGGUCCUUGAACCUGUUUGGAAUUUUUUUCUCAUGUGGAUCUAAGAGGAAUGCUUUAUUAUGGCUGCUGUUGUCCAACAGAACGACCUAGUAUUUGAAUUUGCUAGUAACGUCAUGGAGGAUGAACAACAGGUUUGAAAAUGUGUAUGCUGCCCUCCUAGAUGAAAGAGCCUGUGAUAGGUCCCCAGGCUUGAUGUGGUGAAUGUUCAUCUCAGGGUGUGGCAGCGGAGGACAGAGCUCUUGGCGAUCCAGCUAUUUUUCCUGCUGUAAUUGUGGAACAUGUUCCUGGUGCUGAUAUUCUCAAUAGUUAUGCUGGUCUAGCCUGUGUGGAAGAGCCCAAUGACAUGAUUACUGAAAGCUCACUGGAUGUUGCUGAAGAAGAAAUCAUAGAUGAUGAUGAUGAUGACAUCACUCUUACGGUUGAAGCUUCUUGUCAUAAUGGGGAUGAAACAAUUGAAACUAUUGAGGCUGCUGAGGCACUCCUUAAUAUGGAUUCUCCUGGCCCUAUGCUGGAUGAAAAACGAAUAAGUAGUAAUUUAUUUAGUUCAUCUGAAGAUGACAUUGUUGUUGCCCCAAUCACCCAUGUAUCCGUCACAUUAGAUGGGAUUCCUGAGGUGCUGGAAACUCAGCAGGUGCAAGAAACAUAUGCAGACUCACCAGGAGCCUCAUCACCAGAACAGCCUAAAAGAAAGAAAGGGAGAAAAACUAAGCCCCCACGACCAGAUUCCCCAGCUACUACACCAAAUAUAUCUGUGAAGAAGAAAAACAAAGAUGGGAAGGGGAACACAAUUUAUCUUUGGGAGUUUUUACUGGCCCUGCUCCAGGACAAAGCUACCUGUCCUAAAUACAUCAAAUGGACCCAGCGAGAAAAAGGCAUUUUUAAAUUGGUCGAUUCUAAAGCAGUAUCCAGGUUGUGGGGGAAGCACAAAAACAAACCUGAUAUGAAUUAUGAGACCAUGGGGCGAGCACUCAGGUAUUAUUACCAAAGAGGUAUUCUGGCAAAAGUGGAAGGUCAGCGCUUGGUGUAUCAAUUUAAAGAAAUGCCAAAAGAUCUUAUCUAUAUAGAUGAUGAAGAUCCAAGUUCCAGCAUUGAGCCUUCAAAUCCAUCGCUGUCUUCAACAGCCACUUCAAGUAGGAAUCAAGCCAGCCGAUCAAGAAUAUCUUCAAGCCCAGGAAUUAAAGGAGGAGCCACUACUGUUCUAAAACCAGGGAAUUCUAAAGCUACAAAAACCAAAGAUCCUGUGGAAAUUGCACAGCCACCAGAAGUUUUGAGGACAGUGCAGCCGUCACAGUCUCCAUAUCCUACCCAACUCUUUCGGACUGUUCAUGUAGUACAGCCAGUGCAAGCUGUCCCAGAAGAAGCAUCCAUAACCAGUAGCAUGCAGGAAGAAACAUUAAAUUCUUCCAUCCAGAGUAUUAGGACUAUACAGGCUCCAGCCCAAGUUCCAGUGGUCGUGUCUCCUGGGAGUCAGCAGUUGCAUGCAGUAACACUCCAGACAGUGCCACUUACAACGGUUAUAGCCAGCACAGAUCCCUCAGCAGGUUCUGGGUCUCAGAAAUUUAUUUUACAAGCCAUUCCAUCAUCACAGCCCAUGACAGUACUGAAAGAAAAUGUCAUGCUACAGUCACAGAAGCCAGGCUCUCCUUCAAUUGUCUUUAGCCCUACCCAGGUUCAGCAGGUCCUUACUAGCAAUGUUCAAUCCAUUUGUAAUGGAACCGUCAGCAUGACUUCAUCCCCAUCCUUCAGUGCUACUACUCCUGUGGUGACUUUUUCUCCUCGAAGUUCACAACUGGUUGCUCACCCACCUGGCACUGUAAUCACUUCAGUUAUCAAAGCACAAGAAACAAAAACUCUUACGCAGGAAGCUGAGAAAAAGGUUGAAGAUCAUUUGAAAGAAGACAUUGAGAAAACUGAGCAACAGCCACAGCCUUAUGUGAUGGUGGUAUCCAGUUCCAAUGCAUUUACCUCUCAGGUAGCUAUGAAGCAAAAUGAACUGCUGGAGUCCAACUCUUUUUAAGUAAUACCAAAGGAAUUAGGGAUUUUUAAAAAAAAAAUUGGACUAAUUUUCAAUUGUCUGCAAACUGUCUAAGAUAAAUCUACAGAGGUUUCUAAUUUUGUAAUUGUAAAAAA